CGCCCCCUCCGGACGCUGCCGCCUGCACGCCGGGCGUCUUCUCUUCUCGUCUCCGCGCCGCCGGCUCCAGCCUCGGGUCAGAACCAGGUAUCCUACGCUUGCGAUAUCCCGGCCGGGGGCGGUGGACCUGCAGGGAAGGUCCCGCUUUGGUUUUGAAGGCAUACCAAUACUCUGAGUGGUGGUUGUUACUCUGUUUCAAGAAUGGCUGAUGUUACGGAUAUGGAGGAGGAAUUGGUAUUGAUUGACAGCGAGAUGAAGGCUUUGGAGAUCCAGAUACAAGAACUGGUGGAAAAGCAGCAGGCUCUGCAGGAGAGGAAGCAGCGACUGAACAAAAAGAUAAAGAAACUGACUGGGGAUUAUGAGGCUGGAUCCAGCACAGCACCAGGGGCAUCUGCCGAGGACUGGGACAAGAAAGAUUUUCCAUGGUCGCAGAAAGUUGGCAAGACGUUGAAGGAUGUGUUUAAACUGCAGUCCUUCCGACCACUGCAGCUUCAGGCCAUCAAUGUCACCAUGGCAGGGAAGGAUCUGUUCCUGAUCAUGCCUACGGGUGGUGGGAAAAGCCUGUGCUAUGAGCUGCCAGCUGUCUGCUCCACUGGAUUCACUUUGGUAAUCUGUCCAUUGAUCUCACUGAUGGAAGAUCAACUCAUGAUUCUUGAACAAUUGAACAUCCCGUCCACCAUGGUGAAUUCCAACAGCACAAAGGAACAUGUAAAGUGGGUCCAUGAUGAAAUGCUCAACAAGUCCUCCAAGCUGAAGCUCCUGUAUGUGACCCCAGAGAAGAUUGCUAAAAGUAAAGUCUUCAUGUCCAAGCUGGAAAAAGCUUACCAAGCAGGUUGCCUGACCCGUAUUGCUGUGGAUGAAGUUCAUUGCUGCAGUCAAUGGGGUCAUGAUUUCAGGCCUGACUACAAAAGCCUUGGUAUCCUAAAACGCCAAUUCCCAAAUGUACCAUUGAUGGGACUGACAGCAACUGCAACAAGUGACAUCCUGGAGGAUGUGAAGAAAAUCCUGUGUGUUCCCAAGGGCCUCACGUUUACAGCUUCCUUCAACAGACCCAAUCUGUUCUACGAGAUCCGACAGAAACCAUCAAGUUUUGAAGCCUGCAUUGAAGAUAUGGUCAGAAUCAUCAAUAGCCGCUACAAAGGAGAAUCAGGAAUCAUCUAUUGCUUUUCCCAGAAAGACACCGAGCAGGUUACAAUGAGCCUGCAAAAACUUGGCAUUGCAGCUGGGUGUUACCAUGCCAAUAUGGAGGCCACUGCAAAGAGUAAAGUUCAUAAGGACUGGAGUCUGAACAUAAUAAAGGUUGUUGUGGCAACAGUGGCAUUUGGCAUGGGCAUCGACAAAGCUGAUGUCCGAUUUGUGUUUCAUCAGUCUCUCAGCAAAUCCAUGGAGAAUUACUACCAAGAGAGUGGACGGGCAGGUCGAGAUGACCUUAAAGCUGAUUGCAUUCUAUACUAUGGAUUUAUGGACAUCUUCAGGCAAAGCACAAUGGUAGUUAUGGAGAAUGUAGGACAACAAAAGCUUUAUGAGAUGGUGGCAUACUGUCAGGAUUCAAGAAGAUGUAGACGUGUGCAGAUAGCACAACAUUUUGAUGAAGUCUGGGAAUCAACAAAGUGCAACAAGAUGUGUGACAACUGCAACUGUGAGGCAUCUUUGGAGAAGAUUGAUAUAACUGGUUACAGUUCUGAUUUGAUCAAAAUACUCAAACAUGCUGAACAACUCGAAGAAAAACUCACCCCAUUAAAACUAAUUGAAGCCUGGAACGGGAAGGGUCCCUCCAAACUGAGGUUGUCUUCUGUAAGCCCUCCAAAUCUGUCCAGACAUGAAAUGGAGGAUGUGAUUGUCCAUCUUCUUCUACAAGAAUACUUGAAAGAAGAGUUCAGCUUUACUGCAUUUGCAACAAUUUCAUACCUGAAGGUGGCACCCAAGGCUAAUCUGCUGAGUGGCGAUAAGCAUGUUGUUUCCAUGCACAUGCGGAUGAGAACUAACAAGAUGAAAUCUCCUGCUGAGGAAGUACCAGAAGUCAAAGGUGCUAAGCAGAAAGAGUGUGGGAACAAGCGUUCUGCUACGGAAACUGUAACUGGCAACAAGAAAAGUAGGCUGUCCAAGGCUCAGGGACUUAUCCUGGAUUGAUCCACCCCUAUUAGAAGGAAGAAACUAUACCGUAAAUGAAGAGGAUCAGGAGUGGGAGAAAGGAGGUAUUGAAGAAGGCUAGAAAGCUUUCAGCAAAAGCACGCUUUCCAAGACCUCAACUGCAAAAAAAAAUUUUUCAAGAGUCUAAAAUGCUGCAUAAGUAGUCAUCUCAAGUGUAAUGAGAAUGCACUAGCUGAGAAAAAGUUUCAGAAUUUUGUAUUUAAAAAAAACAAAGAACUGUAUAAAACCAUCAAGGAAAGGAAACAUCACUAACCUCCUGUGAAAUUUUAGGUGUGUUUAGCUUGAAGGAAGCCACCAAAUGAGAGUUUUUAUAAGCCAUGCAUUUUUUUUGUAAUAAAUGAGUCCACAGCUGGGAUGAUGAAGGCUGGUUGGACAGCUUUUAUAGUAAACCUAUACCCAAGGACUUGUAAUCAAACAAGUACAGUAGGGGACCAACUCAAAAGAUUACUUUUUAUAUAAAGGUCAUUAUGAGGAGACAUGAAUAAAAUUUCAAACAAGAUAAAAGUUAACUGAUAACCAAAAUAAAAGAUUCCUUACCAAUAAAAAGUUUGCUAAGUGGACAUGUGUAUUUACACUGUUCACUGCCCUGUUUUAUCUCCUCUCCAAAAAUAAAAUUUCACCUGAAUGAUGAUUCUGCUUUCAACACAUGUGAAUGCAGCUGGAAUUGCUGAAAUUACAAAAAUUCAAGUGCCAUCUUUUUGUACUGUAUCUUGAAAAGUGGAAACAACAAAAUACUGGAUCACUAAUCUAAUCUUGCAAAGACAAAUAUGUGUAAGUUUUUUGUACACUAUGCUUGUUAAGUGUGGGUAUUUUGUAUUCUUAAGCUGUGUGCCUGGAUUGCGGUAUGCUCCCACCGAGCACCAUAAAAGAAUGGCUGGUAUUUAAAAAAGAAAAUGUUUGAUGACAUUUCUCAGCUGCUGAAAUUCUUUUCAAGAGUAGUUACUCGUACAGUGUCAGAAAUGCAGCAUUUCAGUUUAUGCAUAGCAAGGUCCCAUGGUGAUGUUAGAGUGACCAGAUAAUGUGUUUUAGGGAUGUUGAUUAGUGGGUAAAUAUUGGUCAAGAUAAAGGAGAGAACUCCCCACCUUCUCUUCCAAUUAGUCCAGGAUCUUUGGAGGUUUAGUGCCUUAUGGCGCCUCAAAACAGCCCAGAUCUUCCUUGGCACUGCGCUGAAGUAUCAGCCUUCGUUACACAUUCUCAUCUUUGCAUUAAAUCAUGACCAUCUGUCUCUAGAAGAAGAGUGCUAACACUGACAUAAUGCAAGUGCAUAAGCUUCCAAAUUAUGAUAUGGGUGAGUGCUGGAUGCUGCUGCUCUAAAAUAACAGCAAUGUAGGUUUGCCCCACCUAUCUGGUUGCCACCUUACUGAGCUGCCAAGCAGAAGUGCCAUGCUGAUUGGUUGGAGCAAAUGAAAAACAAAAUAAAACACUCAAUUUGGCUUAUGUACAUGCACCAGCUUUAGUGUCACAUUGGCCUGUAGCUGGGACUACAUUGGUACCAGGAAACAAUUCAACCUCUCUCCCACACUAUGAAGCUGUAGACUGUGUCACAUGUGGUCAGACCCAAGGAGGAGAACUUAACUUCAAAUAUCUGGCUGAAUCAUAGAUCAGACUGCUUGAAUGGAUUGUGCAUUCCACUAAUAGCAAAUCUAUUGCCGUGCAUAGUUGCCAUGUUACAACGCUUGUGUAACUGGUUUGAUGAAAGAACAAUAUUUUUUUUACAGUUUUAACUUAUUAUCUUAAUCGAUUCUGAAUUUCUUAUCUCCUGGGCCAAUUAUAAUGCAACGAUGAUUUAAUUAAAUAGGGAAAAAUGGGGAACUGUGAAUUAGAGUUGAUAAUACUGGGAUUACACAGUACAUUGAUCAGCAUCUAUGCCAAGGAUAAGCCAUGGUAUAUUCCUCAUUAAAACUGAUCUCUUGAAGUGCACACCCAAAAAGAAAGGAUCUAUUCAUCUGAUUUACUCUGCCAUCAUUUUAUUUUUUAUUUCAGUCGUGCCCAGCCUCGUUUACAGAAGUGAUUGGUCAUGAGUAAAUGUAGGUUUAAGAAGAAUGCUGAACUCGGGCUCCUGUACUUUAAUGUAUUGCAGCAGUGAAAGCAAAGCCCACUUUCUUGCUAGAAGUAAUGGAAUCUAUGACAUAGCUGGUAUUUGGCAUAUGUAAUACACCGUGAUAUUUGGUUUUCCACAACGGACAAAAUUAGAGAGUCAUUCUGUUAACACUUACUCAGUUGCACUAAGACUCAUUUUAUGUUGCACUGUUUUUCGCGCGCUUUUAGUUAUAGGAAAAGUUUUCCAUGUGUUUGUUUCUGUUUCUGAACUGUGCCUUGAUUUAUUGCAAUAAAAUCUGAGGUUCUGUACCAU